AUGGCGCAUCCCACCAAGUUCAUGAGACUUGCAAGUCCCAAUGAACGCCGUACAAUUAGUCGCGAAGACGUUGGCUACUACAACGCGCUCGUCAUAGCAGCAGUUUAUGAAAUUGCGAAUGAAGAUAUAGAUGCUAAUUCAGCCCAGUCAUAUCUUGCACCUUUGAGACAUUGCAUCGGGAAGUACCCAUAUCUAAGCGUGGUCGUCAAGGACAAGCAUACCGAGAAGCCAGCAUACGAAGCGGUUUCUAGUAUUGAUCUCCACGAUCAUGUGUCUAUAAUUCACAAUGACCAAACCAGUAGCAAUGAUGAGACGGCAACGAUUCAGAAGAUCCUGCCAGCCAUACUUGACCGGCCAUGGCCUGCUGAUAUCCCACCUUGGCGAAUCGUUGUCCUCCCUUUGGCGUCACCGCAAGGCUCCACAGUGACGCGAUGCUUUAUCGCUUUUGCCUUCUCCCAUGCUCUUGGGGACGGUAUGGUCGGAGUUGCCUUCCAUCGUACCUUCCUAGAUGCGUGGCGCCAGACUACUAGCAUGGAGGAGAAGGCGUCUUUCUUGGUGACUCCGCCAAGUCAAACACUUCCGGCACCCUUUGACACACCAGAAAGGCUUCCCAUAUCUUGGAAAUAUCUCCUCGAGCCAUUGAUAGCUGUUUACUUGCCAAAGUUUGUGGCCAACAUUCUUGGACUCCGCGCCUCUGCCAGCACGCUGGAUGCCGGUACUUGGAUUGGAUCACCCAUGUUUUUCGACCCAGGGGCCGCCCUCCAGAGCAGAGUAAGACUCCUCGAGAUUGAGGCUCCGCUGGUCCAAAAGGCUGUACAAACAUCAAGAAGCCAUGACACCAAACUCACAGCAACGGUGCAUCAGAUGAUUGUUCGGGCGCUAAGCAGGGCCAUUCCCAACCCUGACGUAACCAAUUUUGUCUCGGGGACGCCUGUUGAUAUGAGAGCGUCUAUCGGGACGCCUGGUCUCACCUGGGGGUCUUUUCGUAUCUGGCCAUUACGAGGUACAUCCACGGGUACCGAAUGUGACCGAGCCUGCUCUGUCUGA